AUGGCAGCUCUUCGUGAUAUUUUCGUUGUAUUUCUGUUCGCCUUGGGAGGUUUUUCGUUCUUGUCAGCUCUCUGCCCUCCGGGCUGGAAGAACUGGCAUCAGUCAUGCUACGCGAUGUACUUCGACGAGAUGAGCUGGGCAGAUGCAUCAGAGUUUUGCGAGAGUAAACAUAGCCAUCUUGUCGUGCCGAAUUCACAGGCCGAGAACGAUUUCUUAUGGCGGAUGGUGAUGGAACGAUUUCGGACCGUGGACAAACGCGGGGUCUGGAUCGGCUGCAAACGUGAGCCCGUUAACGCAAGCUUCGUUUGCCGCGGGAAUACUGAGGGAAUGAGCUUCACCAACUGGGCAACGAGUUAUCCCAAACAAGAAGAUCGUCAGUGCGUCGUGUUGUGGCAGGAAGGCAACGGGACAUGGAGAAGUAUCAACUGCAUGCCAAACAUAGGGAGGUACGUCGUCUGCGAGAUGCAAGAUACUCCUCGAGUGCGCUGCCUGACAGCCGAUUCAAACGGGCGCUUCGUCAGCGACUUACCGUGA